UUUCCCCUAUCCGCUCCCAGCUACUCUCCCACCCUAAACUCCCUCACUCUCUCCCUCAGACUUUUCUACACCUUAAAGGGCUAAGACAAUAAGGGAAACAUGGCGGACGCGCCCAAACCAAAAGAAAAGUCCAAGAUCUCCUCAGCCCGACGAUUGGGGUUGAAGAUCAGAUUGCUGACAGUAGCUGGCCAGAUGCUAGAGGUUGAGACAGAGGAGAAGAAGAGAGAAAGAGAAGAAGCUCUGGCUGAGAGAGUCCCUCCUCUCAAGCUUUCUGGCUUGUCUGUGGAUGAGCUCAUGGAUUUGUGCAAAGAUCUGCACCGUAAGAUCGACGUGGUAGAUGAGGAGCGAUACGACGUGGGACUGAAAGUAACCAAAACUGACAAGGAGUGCCAUGAGUUGAGUCUGAAGAUCAUUGAGCUGCAGAGCAAGUUCAAGAAGCCAAGCCUGAAGAAGGUGAAGAUCUCAGCUGAGAUGAUGCUCAGUGUUCUGCUGGGCUCCAAGCACAAAGAGACAAUCGACUUCAAGUCCAACCUCAAGACAGUCAAGAAAGCAGAGGAGAAGAAAGAGGAGGUCACCGACUGGCGUCAAAAUGUGGAUGCCAUGUCAGGCAUGGAGGGCAGAAAGAAGAUGUUUGAUGCUUGAUAAGAUUAGUGAUAAUUAUCAAGGAAGGCUUUUCUGAUUGGAAAUAAAAGAAGCAGAAAAGGAAAGGACAACUGAAGGUACCAAUUAUAACUGUAAGAGAUAACUGAGUGAACACAUGGAGAAGAAAGAAAAAGUUAUUGAAUAUAUUUGUUAUUUUUUGUACAUGAAAUCAACAUUUUAAUUUAAAUAACUAUAUGAGACUGUUGAAGCAAAUAUACUUUACGAAAUCACUGCAUACUAAUGUAUUACUGCAUCUGCAUAUCCCCCAUCAAGAGUUAGAAGUGUUUCAACAUGUACAGUAUGACCUAUUAAUUAAUAAAUCAAUCAUCUUUUGAGCUC